GCCCCGCCCCCGGUAGGGGCAUAGGGUGACGGGCGAGGGUCAUGGGGUGUAAGUGAUCCUGAGCUCUCGACCCCCCGAGGGCCGCGGCUUCCCCUUGCCCCGUGGCCGGGAGAAGCGCGCCGGACCCCUCAUUCGCCAGCCCGCCCACCGUCCAGCGGCGGCGCGGCCCAUGCGGCUCGGGGCGGAGGCCGGAUCCGGCGCGGGCUGGGCGUCUCAGGGGCGGCCGGCGGCCCGGCGAGGUGAGGGGGCGGCGGCGGGGCCCGGCCCAGCCCGGUGAUUGGCCGCCGACUGAGGGCCGCCGGGCGGCCGGCGGCGGCGGGGCGGGGAAGAGCCGGCGGAGCCUUCCUCGUGCGGAGCCGGGAAGAUGCUGCUGUCCCUGGUGCUCCACAUGUACUCGAUGUGCUGCGUGCUGCCGGCCGCCGUGCUCCUGGGCACGGCUCCCACCUACGUGCUGGCCUGGGGGGCCUGGCGGCUGCUCUCCGCCUUCCUGCCCUCGCGCUUCUACCAGGCGGUGGACGACCGGCUCUACUGCAUCUAUCAGAGCAUGGUGCUUUUCUUCUUCGAGAACUACACCGGCGUGCAGAUAUUGCUGUAUGGAGAUUUGCCAAAAAACAAAGAAAAUAUAAUAUAUUUGGCAAAUCAUCAAAGCACAGUUGACUGGAUCGUUGCUGAUAUUUUGGCCAUCAGGCAGAACGCUCUCGGACACGUGCGCUAUGUGCUGAAAGAUGGGCUCAAAUGGCUUCCACUGUAUGGGUGUUAUUUUUCUCAGCAUGGAGGGAUCUAUGUAAAGAGAAGUGCCAAAUUCAAUGAAAAGGAAAUGAGAAAAAAGCUGCAGAGCUACAUCAAUGCAGGAACUCCAAUGUAUCUUGUGAUUUUUCCAGAGGGAACAAGGUAUAAUCCAGAACUAACAAAGGUCAUUUCAGCUAGUCAGACAUUUGCUGCUCAAGAAGGCCUUCCAGUAUUAAAACAUGUGCUGACACCAAGAAUAAAGGCAACUCAUGUUGCUUUUGAUUCUAUGAAGAAUUACUUAGAUGCAAUUUAUGAUGUUACAGUGGCUUUUGAGGGGACUGUGGAUGAUAAAGGGCAGCGGAAAGAAGCGCCGUCCAUGGCUGAAUUUCUCUGCAAAGAAUGUCCAAAAAUUCAUAUUCACAUCGAUCGUAUAGACAAAAAAGAUGUCCCGGAAGAACAAGUAUACAUGAAAAGAUGGCUUCAUGAACGUUUUGAAAUAAAAGAUAAAUUGCUUAUAGAAUUCUAUGAUUCACUGGAUCCAGAAAGAAGAAACAAAUUUCCCGGAGAAAGUGUUAAUUCUAAACUAAGUCUCAAGAAGACCUUACCAUCAUUCUUGAUCUUAAGUGGUUUGACUGCUGGUAUGCUUAUGACCGAGGCUGGAAGGAAACUAUAUGUAAAAACGUGGAUUUAUGGAACCUUAAUUGGCUGCUUGUGGGUUAGUAUUAAAGCGUAAACGCGUAGCUGUCUCCAGGCAGUGGGAUGUGCUACGUUGUUUAUUACUGGCGGCUGCACAUUACAUCCGAUUGUUCCUGAAUUUAAUAAGAAGUGUAAAUAAAGCCUUGUUGAUUGAACAUUGGAUGAAAUAGAAUUUCUGACUAAAGCCGAUAUGCAGUUGGUCUUGGGCAAACAUACAUGGUUUUACAACUUUAGUCCAGAAGCUGCUGGAAAGGGAAAAGAUAAACAGAGUUUAUGUUAUAGUUGGCAUUUCCUAUGAACUAAUGUCAACUCCAGAAGACUGUUAGGAUUAUAUAUUUUGUUACUGUUUUGUAAUUCCGAUAGCUGCAUUCUUGAACAUCAAUUGGCAGUAUAUUUCACUGUAUUUGUUUUCUUCAGUUUUUUACAACUUGACUGGUCCAAACUCUUAUCACUGAAAUAUUUAGUGUCUUGCAGCUGUGUAAUAUUCUGCCUUGUGUUUAAUUUCUCCAAGUCGAUGAAAGAAAUUGUAGUUAAGUAUGGAGAAGGACACGAGGAGAGGCUGAGGAAUGCUGGUGAGGGGAGCUCUGGUUAGCGAGGACUUGUAUUGUGUUGUUAGCUGAGUUCACUUUAUGUUGGCAAAGUGAUUAGCAUCUCUGGUAUUUACUGAAACAGCUUCAUUUGCACACCCUGUACUCUAUACAAAAGAAUAAUGUAUAAAAAUACAAGAAUUAAGUUUAAGUUAAAAUUGUGAUCCUGAUUCAUUGUAGCAGAACUUUAAAUUGCUCAGCUUUUUGAAGAUUUAAGCUAAGCUCCUAGCACUUCAUGACAUUUGUGCCAUAAGUACUUGAAAACCUUAAGAUUUCCUGUUAUUUUUUAUAUCGAAAUAAUCAGUGUGAACCUUUGUUGGACCUGAGUCCAUAGAUAUUUGAGAUGGUGGGAGCUCUCAAACACCAGACUAGGUUUAUUAGCAUGUGCCUUUUGCCUAUUACUCUUGGGUUUAGCAAACUAUUUAAUCCCCAAAUCAUUUUGUUUAUGUCGUCGUGGUCGGUUUCCACUGUAUUCGAGUUCUUUUUCUUUGGAUCACCGGCAGGGGUGCUGCUCGGGGCUGACACAGGGGCUCACGGGAAAGCGCUGUGUCGCCAGCCAGCGUUGGUCCUGAUGCGGAGUUGAGCCUUGUAAGCUCUCGUGAGCAGCCCACCAUCCACAGCAAAGGCAUUUUGCGUUCGUCUUAUGUCAAGAAAUCACCUUCCUCAAGCCAGUGAAGUACAGACUUAAUCCAUCAGGACGGAGUGAAUUUGUUUCAUUCCCAUUGGUAUUAAUGGGGCCACACAAUUCAUCUGUAUCACCUGAAAAGAAGAGCUUUGUUUCAGGAACCAAAUCACACAAUUUUCAGUCAUGGAACAAUAAAUCCCCUAGAAGAGGACCUUUUUUAAAGUGUGAUCUGCUCUAUUUUUAAUGUUACAAUUCAAGCUUGAUUGCCUGCUGGUCAUUUAAGAUACCAAUUCUGCUUCCGAGUAAUGGAUUUUUAUCACCAUUUAAAUCAUGAUAAACAAAUGGAAACACAAAUUAAGGGAAAUUUGGUCUGAUUUUCCAGAACCAGAGUAAACCAUUUCAAGUAACCCCUCUGAAGAGUUGGGUGGUGUGAAUUGGUUUGUGUAUGUUAGUAUGUGUGUAUGUAUUGAUACACACAUUCCCACAGGACACAGUUGGCUUCAUUAUGAAUGGGGGUGCAGGUAAAACUUGUUCUCAUGCCAAACUGCAAUUUUCUCUUACCCUGUAAAGUGCAAUUUAGAUCAAUCCCAUGUCUUCAUUAAAUACUCUUUUUAACAGUCCUAAACUUAGAAACUAUUUCUAAUUAGAUCACAAUAAAUGUAAGUUGUGUAACUUACUUUGAAUGUCAUGGAUAUGUUCUCAAUUUAAAUUUUAAGAAGCAAUACCAUUGGAAUCAUGCUGAUUAUAACUGAUUUGAAGAAGGCCAGGUGACCUGCAUAAGAUCACUUGAACAGCAUGUUUCUUGUAACUAUCCUUAUAUUCUCGCAAAAGGUCUAUAAAAUAUUUGUUUAAAAUUUUUUUGUAUCAAAAUAUUUGGAAAAUUAGAAGCUUCUUUUUAACAUGUAUUGAUAUGACUUGAAUUAUUUUAUGAAAUUAAGAGCCCUGUAUACCUGUAAAUCUUUUCACAUAAUAUCAUUUAAGCUUUUGUUUGUGCUACUGUUGAUUUACAGCUUAGUUGGUGCUUGGUUUAUCUCUAAAAGAAUGCAAUCAAUGUGCAUGCUUUUAUGUUUUUCGCAGAAGGGUGUGUUGGGAUGAAAGUAAAAGAAAAAAUAAAAUCUUUCACUGUCUCUAA